GAAGCAGCCGUUAGAAACGAAACCUACGUGGCCUAUUGCUUUAUAAGUAAAACACUGCCACAACACAUCCGCGAAACCUGCUGUUAACGCGCAUGAUGAAAGCAACCUUAUUUCUAGGGUGUGCCCUUUUCUUUGGCCAAAACGUGGUCGCGAGCCGCUCGGCGUAUGGCCGGUUCUACCAUUCGCGAUCUUGCAUGCAACAACCGCCCGUCGCCACGGGCGUCACGGAGCAGUCAUCCCUGGUGAUCACCUAUGAAGAUCAAAGGUGCUUGGUAAGCGUACCAGCCGUGACGUACAGAGGAUGCCCUUCACCUUCUUGGCAGUACAAUGCAAAGAGUAGGAGGUGUGUGCAGAAUUGCGUAUUACGUGGCCCUUUCGGAUCGAAGGAUGAAUGCGACGGGAUUUGCCGUAGUAUUGACGUGUGCAAAGCGCCACGGCCUAUAUCGUCCUGUGCGCCGGGCACCAACCACAUCGUGUACUACUACGACCCAAGAAACAAAACUUGUGUCCAAGGUAGCCAGUGCACAUAUGCCGGCAACAACUUUCCCACCCUGAUCGAGUGCCAGCAAACGUGCACCAAAUUACGAUUUUGGCCGACGAUACCAGACCGAUGCCGCGUGUACCCGAGCCAUGGGCACCACUGCUUUUGGGGAUGGCGCUCCGGAUCAGCCCGAUACUACUACGACCCGUACGCCGGCCGGUGCUUUGGCUUUUGGUACUACGGCUGCGGAGGAACACGUAAUAACUUUGUCACCUUGGAUGAGUGCCAACGACGUUGUGCAGGACGUGAAGGCGCGGUUCCGGUAUAUCCUGUCGGUGGUGAUACAGGGAUUGUAUUUUCUACUUGAAGAGGCGGCACCUCCAACUUCACCUAUCAGAACGAUAUACCUUCUUUGAACCCGAAGUUUGAGAAUGAAACGUGCAGCUCAAAAAAAGAAGACGCAAGGAAACCAACGAAGCAGAUAAUAAGACCGCAU